ACCGCUAAUUGAUGGGCUGGGACUUUUAGUAUGUGUUUACUCGUGGUCUCCCGGUAGUAGCUCGCAGAGAGUCUGACACGGGCUAGCUACAGUAGUAGAUAGCAUGCGAGAGUCAAUACACGCCCUUCGUUGUGACUUCUUGUGUCUUCAAGAUACACAGAGCAAGCGGACCCGGUCGAGGACAUGUCACAAUUUGAGUUUGGGUCAGGUGCUAACGCUGUGUAAUAAUCAAAUUCAUGGAGAAGGUUUGGAGAGACUGAGGUUGAUCUUGUAUCCUCUUCUGCAAUGGUCCGAGCUAAAACCCCUCACUACACCAUUAGCUAUGUACAAUAAAUUGGAGGAACACAUGGAAAAAGUAACGGCUCUGCAAAUAUUCCUGUUUGCACUGGAAGCCAUAGGUGGGAGUAUGAGAGGGAAGUAUUGUACUGAUGAAGCAAGAAGAAUACUAAAGUAUAAUGUCCAUCUUGAGUUUAGCGGAGAAUCAAGAAAAUUCCGAUUUUUCUUUUGGCUUCUAAAGAUUGUGCGGUGCCUUCCAGCUGAAUGCAAAGAGGAUGUCCUGGUGCACUUUGGAAGAUCUUUAAACAAAAACUAUCGCCAUUUUAAAGAGUCGCUGCCCAUCCUUUUUAUUGAGCUCUACCAGGGUGGAAAGUUGCAUGAAGAUGAUACGAAGGAACUGGGAGGUUUACUGAAAAACUGCAAAUUCCGCUUCAAAGAAGGCACCCCUGAGUUCACCGCUGUCCAGAAGUGCAUCUCUGUUCUAACCAAUUUCCAUAAUGGUGCAGAAGAGGGGGAGCCUUUUACUUCCGCCGAUGAAGAGUCCACUGAUGUGUCAAUGCAAGUGAGGCUACUUCGUUUCCCUGGACGACGGCGCUCAAAUAAACAGAAGAUAAGUAGGAGGCGACACAGAGGAGCUCAUCCUUCCUUUAGCUCUGCUCCUCGUCGUUGCCAUACUGCUCCAGAUGAUGUCUACAGUACAGCUCCUCCAGAAACCGAGACCUCAGGGGAAAGUAACAAAGAGAUAUUAGGUAUGUAUAAUUUUUACCCCUCAGUGUGCAUGCACACCAAGGGUUACGGUACUUUGAUUUGCAAGUGUGUCUUCCAUCAUCAACCCUUGCACUUCAGGGAUAUCAGUAUAGUUGGUUUUCUGUCUGUCUGUCCAUUCGUUUGUGUACUAGCUACCAUAUUUUUCUGCCACCACAUGCAACAAGAUAACAAAAUAUAUAGCAAUGCAAUAGGUUCAUUGCUACACUGGCUUUAUGACGUGAAGACCAAGUUAACAAGCCCACAAUGGUGGUCAAUUUAGUCAACGCUCUAUAUAGCCAGUAUGAUGCCACUGGAUGGGAAAAUACCACGACCAGAAUUUUUGGUCUUUCUAUAUAGACUGUACAGCGGCUCUGUAGUGUAGGGUGUGUUUAGCGAUGUACUACUAUACAUUGCUAUGUUCGGAAUGUUAUGAUAACAGAGAGAAGUGGAGUGGAAACGCCAAUCAGCUGUAGUGCACCACCUCCUGCAAGUCACGAUGAAAUGUUUCUUGAAGAUACUUCAGAAGAUGAACUGACAGGCAGCAAGUAUUUUAUGCCAGAUACAAGUAAUGCCGUCACACAAGUUUCUCCAGAGACAUUACUAGCACUUCCUACUGAGACAAUGAGUAUCAAUAGUUAUGGAGAAGACCUAUCUGAUCGCCCUGAUCCGCCGUUGCCACACGCCGGUCCUGGGCCACACACUCCAAUUCCUUCGCCACCUAGACCUGAAUUUAAUAUAUGGCAAAGUGUCAAGAAUAACAAACUGAAAAUUGUGGUAUUUGUGGGUGUUGCGCUGAUGUUGAGUGUUGCUGGUGUGGCCUUAUGCUCGAUGUAUGUCUGGUCUCCUCUCCAUAAUCUCUCACAAUCUCAUGACGUCCAGCAUCGGGAGAAUAACGUGCCAAUCCUCGCACAAUUUGAUUCGUUCUUAGUCAAGCAAUUCUACGUGGAGCAGGAAGUGGAUUCCAAAGAUUCCUCGCAUACAGUAUAUGUUUACCUAACAAAUUAUCCUUGCAAUGAAUUGCCUACCACUAUAAAACUGCAUCACUACAGUGAAGUCUUUCCACCCUCUACCAUUCCCGUAUACAUGCUGGAACACUCUUACAUCUUGCUACACGCCAAUGCCAUUACCUCGAAAUUCGAAAAUAAUCCCGUGUUUUUCUACAUCACAAGGACGGUUGAAAGCAGCAUCCAUUUUGAUUCAACGAGUAAGGAAGGUAGAUACCGAAUAUCUGUUGGGAAAGAUGGAUAUUUGAACUCAACAAACAUUAGUGUUUCGGUCCAUGCAAGUGACUACUACUCGUUUCGAUUCAUAGUUCCACAGGCAGUGACCCUUACAUACAAUCUUACACUGAUGAUCAGACAAAUUGACCUUGACGCUUUUAAUGCAACAUUAGUUGGGACCAUUGGCUUUAACAGUGAUGAUCAAAGAGCUGGAGAGAAGAUUAAAUUUGGAACAGGAGAAUACUGCGUGUUUGCCAGCAUCCAUGAGAGCGCUUAUCCAGCGACCUACAACUACACCACUCUUGACACCCACACACAACCUCGUAUUUCUGCUGGUGUUGGAGUCACUGUAUCUGUGUUGCUAGUAUUUUUUCUUAUGGUCCUGCUGGCUGAGGUUUCCUUAUAUAAUUGUGUAAAAGAAGGUUGGUAUAAAAUGAGAGGCUAUACUCGAGUCUGAUCUCCAUAUUUUUUCACUAUUUUUGCACAAUUGCAGUUACCCUUCAUAUAUGUAUACGGGUUAAUCUUUGACAUUUCUGAUUAAAAACUACCCACC